GAACGGCAUAUUUAAUGUUUUUUACCAUGUUAUCCUCAGGAGCCAAAUUCCCCAUCAAGUGGACGGCUCCAGAGGCCAUCAACUACGGAUCCUUCACCAUCAAGUCAGACAUCUGGUCCUUCGGAGUUCUGCUCUAUGAGAUAAUAACAUACGGGAAAUGCCCCUACCCAGGUAUGACCAAAGGAGAGGUGAUUUCCUCUGUGCAGCGCGGCUACAGGAUGCCUCAGCCUGACAGCUGUCCUGACGAGCUCUACGCCAUCAUGAUGUCCUGCUGGAAGCACAAACCUGAAGACAGGCCCACCUUCGAGUACCUGCAGAGUGUCCUGGACGACUUCUACACCGCCACAGAGGGACAAUACCAGCAACAACCAUAGAGAGGGACACUUUCAGCCAGAAAUUAUAUUUGGAGCUGCUUUGGAUGUGUUGUUAUAGUUGUAAUAUUUUGUAUAUACCAGACUAAUGUCUAAAGCCCUAACAAUCUUGAAAUGUGCUCCUGUACAUGUUUACAAUGCGUUUCUUAUAUAUUUGCUGUUAAGAACACAAAAUUAUGUGCUAUUCCAGUACCUGACCAUCUCAAUUUCAAUGUAUGUUUGAAAGGGACAGAACAAAUAGGUGACGUUAUACAUAAGAGUUUGCAAUGUCCUUAUUCCUGUCCAAAAAGCUGCCUAAAAGAGACUGGAUGUGUAUAUAAUGUGGCAACAAUUGAAAAAGGGGCAUGCUGUAAUUACGAUUAGCUGUUUGACUUCACACAAUCAUUUCUCCUUUUAUAUAGUGUAAAUGACUGAAUUUCGCAUUUCAUGACUUAUUAUUUCAUAAGCUGCUCUAACAAUGUUCUUCAAUCUCUAACAAAAUAUUCUUUAAUCAUUUUCUGUUUGUUAACUGUUUCUUGAAUAUCCUUGUAUUGAUCAUCUCUGAACCCCACUUCAUAUUGAAGUUAUUUAGCAUUUGUUUAAUUGUUUAAUUGAUGUGAAUAUGUUAUCUGUAUUAUUUCAUCUGUACAUAUAGUGGGCUAUUAUAUAAUUAAAUGUCUGGCUUUGA